AAAGAAUAAAGUACCAUGAUUUCAUCGAUGAAUGAAUAUUCAAUCUUGAUAACAUUUUGUAGGGACGAAAGAAGGCAAUGAAAGUGAUUACAGAUGCUUUUAUGGAGAGACAAGCAUCGCCUAACAACCUUAUAAGUGGUCACAAGGAUUUCUUGGACUAUCUGAUCCAAGAAAUAAAUGAUAAGGACACAAUUCUUAAUCAAGCCGUUGCUGCAGAUUUGGUCUUCGUACUUCUGUUUGCUACUUUUGAGACCACUUCUACAUCUAUUACCAUGGCCACUAAAUUUCUCGCUGAUAACCCCGCAGCGCUUGGAGAAUUAGCAAAGGAGCAUCAAGAUAUCCUCAAGAACCGCAGUGAACAGGAUACUGGAAUAACAUGGAAAGAAUACAAGUCCAUGACUUUCACACACAUGGUGAUCAAUGAAACACUUAGGCUGGCUAAUAUCGUCCCUGGAAUUUUCAGAAGAGUUAUUAAGGAUGUUGAUUUAAAGGGAUAUACUAUUCCCAAAGGAAUGAUCGUGAUGGUGAGCCCAUCCACAGUUCAUUUGAAUCCUGACAAGUACCAGGAUCCCCUGACUUUCAAUCCUUGGCGUUGGAAGGGUAAGGAAUUACAUAUGGGAUCAAAGGAUUUCAUGGCUUUUGGCGGGGGUGUAAGGCUCUGCGUGGGAGCUGAUUUCGCAAAGUUACAAUUGGCCGUGUAUCUCCAUUAUUUGGUCACCAAGUACAGGUGGAAAGUGACGAAAGGAGGUGACAUAGUUCGAAAGCCAGGGUUGAUGUUUCCAAAUGGAUUACAUCUGGAGAUUUCGGAAUCACAGAACUGACUGAUAUUGGCUGAAGCCUAGCCCAAGAUCAUCGACGGAGCAAACUAAGAAUUACAUAUAUAUCUCUAUAAAAAUAAAAUGUUAAGAAGUUUCUUUUUCUUCCUUGUAUUGCAUUUCUUUUCCUUGCCAAGUGAUGGUAUUGUAUUGUUGUUUGCUUGUAUUGAAUAGUAUCCAAAUGUAUUCGGCUAUGUCCUGCAGAACUUUGUUUCAAUGUAAAAUUUUGUAAUGGUGAUUUUUCGUGAUGCAGUAUUUGCAAAUUCAUGCUUAUGUGAAA